AGUGAAACUAGUUAAAUAAUUAACCGACGUCGAGGAUUAUUGUUGUACCUCAUUGUGUUGCUGAUGGAUUGGACGAGAAUGAAUGCAUUUAAAACUACCUACCAUUAUUGUGUUAAAUUGUUGUUGGUGGUUUAAAAAUAAAAUAAUUUAAUUACAUUUUAAAAAUAACUUACAAAUGUUGUGUUAAUAAUGGAUGCGGUUGGUGUUUUAAUUUCAUUGAUGUUUAAUGGUCUUUGGUAGUUUUUGGCGAUAUUUUCCACUGGAUUUUAAUUGUUUGAAAAGUAACUGUGAGGCGGUUUGGAAUGGAACUCAUCAUGAAAGAACCGUGCGUUUGUUUCAGUUAUAAAAGCGGAGGAUCUCAGCAAAAUGAAGGACGGGUCGGAGCACCACGACGGGAACUCGGGGGACCAGGGACACCUCGGGUCCCCAGGGGACGACAAGGUAGUCAAGCAGAAACGUCAUCGCACGCGCUUCACGCCGGCACAGUUGAAUGAACUGGAACGAAGUUUCGCCAAGACGCACUACCCCGAUAUAUUCAUGCGCGAAGAGCUUGCGCUAAGAAUCGGACUCACCGAGUCGAGAGUACAGGUUUGGUUCCAAAACAGGCGAGCCAAGUGGAAGAAGAGGAAGAAGGCCACGAACGUGUUCAGGACACCGGGGGCGCUGCUACCUUCGACGGGGUUGUCGCCCUUUGGAACAAUGGGCGACUCCUUCUGCGCCUUCCCGCCGAGCGAAUCCAGGUGGGGCAUGACGCCGCUAGGGGCGCAGAUGAACGGCAACAUGAACCCGCUGACCCUCUCGGCGACACUGCCGCGCCAAGGCAUUCCCCAGUCGUUUUCAUCCCAGGUUCCGGUCGGGUCACUGGGAAACACUUCAGUUACCCUCGGUAACAGUAUGUCGGUGUCCAACGGAAACCACAUAUACAAUCCCACGUACGGGAUGGUCAAUUCGUGUGGGUCUCCGCUCACGGCAAACUCGCCGUCGCCGUCACUGCCGUCGUCACAGCUGCCGUGUGGGAUGCAGGAGGUGGAGGACGUCUGGAGAGGGACCAGUAUUGCCCAACUGCGCAGAAAAGCGUUAGAGCAUUCCGCGUCUCUGACGGGAUUUCGAUGAUCUCUCGCAAGAGUAUUAUCAGCUAGUAAAGACUGGUACUUUCACGUCUUCGAGGCGUAACCCUUUGUUAGGGGAUUGGUCUAAUGGGUGAUUUGCCAGAAGUGAAAUAUUUGUCGAGUUGUAUUUUUAACAAAAAGAAAAAAGAAAAGUGCUUCACUGACAUCUGUGUAUGUCGUCUUGUGUUAUGUUAUAAACAAAAAAUUAAACUAAGUCAUUUCUUGAAGUACUUUUGUUAAGCG